AUGUCUCUCAUCCUGAAAUCAGAGAGCGACCACUCUGACCAAGAUCUUGAUCAUUCCCCGUCCACAAACGCGCAAGCCUUGAAUCGCCCCCGCACAGACGAAGGUGUUGAACAAUCUCAGGAUUUUGUCAAGAGGAAGGCUCGUGAUAUCCUCAUGAGCAGGAGCUGUGCGGUCUACGGGUCCGACAAGCCCCGCAAUGCCCCUCGGCGUUCGAAGAGCUUGCUGACAUUAGUUCUGGAGGAAAUCAAUGCGCAGAACAACCAGUUCAAACGGGAUUACCUGCCGCGAGGUUACAUAGAUGGGGAGCUUGCAGCUUUGGGCAGCGUGGAUAGAUUUCUCUUGACAAACAUUCAGGGAGCAGCCAGUAGGGAAAACUUGCUCCCGGUCCCCACCAUUAGUGCUUUGCUUGUUCAGAUGAGAACCAGUUUCACACCGCCCAUCCCGGGAGCACUGGUCCUGUCCUACGAUCAUGCCAUGUUUGGUCAAGACCUGUGGUCUGAGAUGGACGCGGCGAGUAUUGCUCUGCCAACUGAGGAGCAGAUUUCGGCCCGCAUGGAAUCCAAUGCCUCCGGCAAAGAACCAGCCUUCCAAGAUGACGCAGCCAAUGCCUGA